CGUCUGGGAGUCUUGGCUCUCAGCCUGGCGGCCGACAUCCCCGAUGAUCAUGGCACCGCGCAGAGGCUGCACCGGGUGACGAUCAUGGAUAAGUAUCUCCUUCGAAAACGCCCACGGGAUUUAUUCUCUCACGCCCCAUCCCUCUCUCCACCGGCCGCGAAUUCCGGCGAACGUAAGGCGGAGGUGGAGGUCAAGACAAAAGAGACGCGAGGUGGAAUGGAAGACGAUGAAGAGUCUACAGAUGUCAAACUGGCAACAUUAGCGUCCCUAUAUGCAGAUAUAUCCCAGGACAUCUUAUUGGACCUACUAAUUGCAAACGAUGGUUCCAUCCCCUUAACUUGCUCUGCUGUGAACGCAGAAUUAUCAUCCCGAAAGAAGAUCAAGCGGUCGAUCAAUGGGAAUCUCGGAAUCCAAAGCUCCCUGUCUUCAUAUGGAAUGGCGUCAGACGGGCCAGCUGCGUCCUCGAAGACCGUGACCAAAAGAGGACAAACACUUCAUCUCUUCUCUCCCCAAGACAUCUCAAAACACACGCCCUGCACCAUAAUCCACAAUUUUCUGUCCGCCGAAGAUGCAACUUCUCUGCUUAAAGAGCUCCUAUGCGAAUCCGAAACAUUCUCCCGCCAACGGUUCCAGCUCUUCGAGAAUGUUGUUGAAAGCCCACACAGCACAGGAUUCUACGUCUCAAGUUCCGAAGAACAGCGCCAGCAAAAGUCCGAAUACGCAUACAACGGCAACUACCGCACCGAUGUGAGGCAGCUAACCCCAGAAUUACGUAGGAUCUCUAAAAGUGUGCAAAAAGCAGUGAACGAGGAAAUCCAAAAACGUAUUCGAGACCAUUACCCAAAUGGGAAGAAACUACAGUACCAGUCCCCACUGGAGUGGGUUCCCAACGCUGCCUUCGUGAACUGUUACGAUGGCCCAUCCGAAAGCGUCGGAUACCACUCAGACGAACUGACCUAUCUUGGACCCCGUGCUGUCAUCGCCAGCCUUAGUUUGGGGGUUGCCAGGGAGUUCCGAGUGCGAAAGGUCGUUCCUCCCGAUGAAGCAAAUGUUGACGGUUCAUCGUCGUCGUCAGAUACUCACCCAACCUCCCGUGCAGAUAUACAAGGACAGAUCUCUAUCCACCUACCGCACAAUUCCCUCCUUGUCAUGCAUGCUGAAAUGCAAGAAGAGUGGAAACACAGCAUUGCUCCCUCACAGAUGAUUUCUCCCCACCCUGUUUCCGGGAAUAAAAGGAUAAAUGUCACAUAUCGCUGGUAUCGGGCCUCUUUGCACCCUAAGAACACCCCUCGUUGUCGGUGUGGCAUGCCAUGCGUCCUUCGAUGUGUCCAGAAAAAAAAAGAAAAUCGGGGCAGAUAUAUGUGGAUGUGCUAUGCUGGCUAUGCUCCAGGAAAAAAAACAUGCGCAUUUUUCCAAUGGGCUUCUUUUGAUGAUAAUGGAGAGCCAAUUUGGGAAUGA